AUGGGAUGGUUUUGUUUUCUCAUCAAAUCAUCGACAACGGAGUUGCAGCAGCACUUUGAUACCUCCACCAUCGCUGGCACUGGCACCUCCACCAUCGCUGGCACUGGCACCACCACCAUCGCUGGCACUGGCACCUCCACCAUCGCUGGCACUGGCACCUCCACCAUCGCUGGCACUGGCACCUCCACCAUCGCUGGCACUGGCACCUCCACCAUCGCUGGCACUGGCACCUCCACCAUCGCUGGCACUGGCACCUCCACCAUCGCUGGCACUGACACCUCCACCAUCGCUGGCACUGGCACCUCCACCAUCGCUGGCACUGGCACCUCCACCAUCGCUGGCACUGGCACCUCCACCAUCGCUGGCACUGGCACCUCUACCAUCGCUGGCACUGACACCAUCGCUGGCACUGGCACCUCCACCAUCGCUGGCACUGGCACCUCCACCAUCGCUGGCACUGGCACGUCCACCAUCGCUGGCACUGGCACCUCCACCAUCGCUGGCACUGACACCAUCGCUGGCACUGACACCACCAUCGCUGGCACUGACACCACCAUCGCUGGCACUGACACCACCAUCGCUGGCACUGACACCAUCGCUGGCACUGACACCACCAUCGCUGGCACUGACACCAUCGCUGGCACUGACACCACCAUCGCUGGCACUGACACCACCAUCGCUGGCACUGACACCACCAUCGCUGGCACUGACACCACCAUCGCUGGCACUGACACCACCAUCGCUGGCACUGACACCACCAUCGCUGGCACUGACACCACCAUCGCUGGCACUGACACCACCAUCGCUGGCACUGACACCACCAUCGCUGGCACUGACACCACCAUCGCUGGCACUGACACCACCAUCGCUGGCACUGACACCACCAUCGCUGGCACUGACACCAUCGCUGGCACUGACACCACCAUCGCUGGCACUGACACCAUCGCUGGCACUGACACCACCAUCGCUGGCACUGACACCACCAUCGCUGGCACUGACACCCACCAUCGCUGGCACUGA